AUGGGUUGGACCAAGACCGUACUCCCGCUUGGCAUUGCUGCAAUCAGUCUACUCGUCAGCGUCAAUGUAGUCUCGACUCAUAUCGAAUUAGAGAAAGCUUCCCCUCAGCUAACUACGUCGGCCAGCACCCUACUUCGACGGUCUCUUAAAGCAGACGUCAUGAGCGAACCAGCCGGUCAGCUGAAAGAAGAACGGGGUUACACACUUACGGACGUAGGUGCGUGGAUGCCAUUUACGAGGGCUGCUACUGAAGCAAAAAAUGCAGCGAAAGCUAAGAGACUUGAAGAGAUCAGGACUGCCUUGCUCCACAAACAGCGCGAUGAGGUUUUGACAAGCAAGUUUGCUCAGUUCUUUCUAGAUAAUAAGACCCCUGAUGACGUUGUCAAUAUCAUGAAAGCCGCGGGGAAACGUGAGAUAGAGUACAACAGCGUCAGGACGGCUUACGAGGAAUGGCUUGAAGGUAUCCUUUCGAUAAAAAUCAAAUGA